UAUAUAUAAAAAGAACGUCAAAAUGAUAUAAAAAAAAUUUAUUUGGUCAGUCACUUUUUGGCUUCAGCAUCAAAAUUCAAGUAAAUUUUCCAAAUUCUUAGUACAAAAUCCGAAAAAAUGGUAUUCGUCUGCCCUACAAAGGAAGAAUCUGAAGCGAUUUCUCAAAUGUCAUCGAAAAUGAGAGAUGCACUUCAACAAAUCGAAAAGGAACUAAGCAUCAAAGUAAAACCAAUCUGUGUGCCCUGUUGCGUUCCAUUAUGUGACUAUCCUUCAGCUUCAAAUGAAAAAAAUGAUAUUCAGAAGGAAUUUGAUCCACCACAAGUCAUGGUUUGUUAUCGAGAAACGUGCAAAAAAAGCAAAGGAAUUAAUCGUACUCCAGAACAAGAACAGGGCGUUAUAAGAUUGCAACAAUCUAAAUCCCGAGAAUUGAGGGCCAGCAUUUUAUAUACUGGUUGUCUAUGUGAAAAACGAGACGGUUUGCAGGAUGACUGCCCUCGUACUGGUUGCCACGGAUCACCCGAAUGUCUCACAAGACCCCCAACAUGUGGCCCAAGCGAAUUUUGUGACGGCAAGCAUUUGGGCAAAAAUAAUAAAUACAGUCGUCUUUCGAAGAAAAAUGGCAAAAAUUCAAGAAACGAAAACGCAGAAGAACAUAAAAACCAUAAGCAUUUAAAUGCGAAAUAUAAAUGCUUCCCAGCAACUGUCGAUCAACCGAUUGUUAUUCCGCUUCCACAGAAUCCUCCAUGCUGUCCUUGUCCUUAAACGACGAAUCAAUAGGCUUAAAUUUUGUUAAGGUUAAAUGUUAUCAGUUAAUAAACGCAUGUUUGAUUCAAAUAUAUUCUCAGCUUGGUAUAGAUA